AUGGUGUUUCCAGCGAGGCUGCUUGUGAUCACUCACAGUGCUGGUGGCUAUCACCGCUGUGCGCGGCUGUGUGUCACGGCCCAGACCGCAUCUGGUGGCGACGGCGGCAGCAGCGCCAGCAGGCGGCGCUCGCAGCGCCUCGCUCGACAGGGCCGAACGCAGCAACGUGCACCAGACCUGCUACUCGAGAGAGAGGCCCGAGUGGCCGAGCUGCAGCGCCUGCAGCAGCAGCAGCAGCAGCAGGGUGUGCCUGUCAGUUCUGCUGAUGCAGUGUUGGAUCCACAAGAAGACGCCACCCGGGGAUUGGGGCAAGAUCUGGAACCGGAGGGACGGCAGGUGGCCGACGAGCUGGCCGAUGUGCCAGAUGCAGGGAUAGGACUGCCAGCCGCGGCAGAGAACAUGCAGGACGGCAUUGCUGGGGCAGCAGCGGCGAAUUCUGUGGAAGCGGAUUAUGUGCUGGAGCCGCAGGGGCCGCAGCCGCCAGGCCUGCACCAGGAUGGGCAGGAGGAGUUGGAGAUCAGCAGGCAGUCGGAAGCGCUGCUGGCCAUUCUGCAGGCGGGGGAGCACGUGGAGGAAGUGAUUGCACAGCACCGGGCCGACAUUGAUGACUCCAUGCUGCAGCUGCUGGCACGGCGCAUGAAGGCAGCUGAGCUGCUGGAGAAGCAGGAAGCAGUGCUGCAGGGCCUGCAGCUGUUGUAUCGCAGGUUGAAGGCUGAGGUGGACCGGCAGCUUGCGUCACCCGGGCUGCGCCUGCUGGAUGAGCUGAUGUCCAUCCUUGAUUUGGGAGAAGGGGAUCUUGGAUCACCGGCAGCGGCACGGGAGGAGCGGCGGGCGCAGGCGGCCGCGCACCUGCGAGCCGCCUUCAGCGGCAGCUUGGUCGGUGACGCCGACGUGCUGUCGCUGGCAGCUCAGCUCAGUGCCAGUGGCGGCAGCCAGCUCGCAGACCAGCUGGUGGCUGACCCGGUGGACCCCAUGGUCUUCAUGGCGGAGGCCACAGAGCUGCUGCGCCGGGUUGAGGAGCAACAUACCCAAUUGGAGGCGUAUCUGCAGCAGCAGCGACAGGAGGAGGGCACGGGGCAAAGCCAGGAGGCAGUGCGCGCUUCUCUGGAGGUGGAGCAGCUCUUGGAGCAGCGGCAAGCUGCCGUGGCGCUGGUGCAGGAGUGCCUGCAGGUGGAGGCCUUCAUGUUUGGCUCUGUGCCGCUGCGAGCUGUGCUACCAGACGGCGACAUUGACAUCUCUUUCUUUGCCACGGCAGCCACCACACCCAGCAGCCCAUCCGGCAACGGUGGCGAGCAGCCGGGGCACAGGGCAGGCGCCUCGCCGCCGGGCGACUUGCGUGACACGUGGGCGUCGCAGCUGUUGCGAGCGCUAGAGCGCGAGGCGGUGCGGCCUGACGCCCCCUUCAAGAUUCGCGAUGUGCAGAUCAUUCAGGCCGAGGUCAAGCUGGUCAAGUGCGUGGUGCAUGAUGUCGUGGUAGAUGUGUCAUUUGACACCGUGGGAGGGCUCUGCACCGUGGCCUUUCUGGAGGCGGCGGACCGCCGCAUUGGGCGGCAGCACCUCUUCAAGCGUUCCAUCCUGCUGCUCAAGGCCUGGUGCUACUACGAGAGCCGGCUGCUGGGGGCGCACCAUGGCCUCAUCUCCUCCUAUGCCCUGGAGGUGCUGGUGCUUUACAUUUUCAAUCUGCACCACGCCGAGCUUCAUACCCCCCUGGAUGUUUUGCGGCGCUUCCUGGCUGUGCUUGGCUCUUUUGAUUGGGAGCGGUAUUGCCUGGCGCUGCAAGGCCCGCUGCCCAUUGCGGACCUGCACAAGCUGCAUGUAGAUCGCACUGCAUUAGUUUCCAGCGGCACGGAGCCGCUUUUGGAUGCGGAUUUCAUGCGGGGAGUCCUGCAACACUACUCUGUGCAGCACCUCUCUCAGCAGCAGCAGCAGGAGGCGGCAGGGAUGCAACUCGUGGCGCCGCGCUUCCCCCUCAAGCACCUCAAUAUCGUGGAUCCGCUUCUGCCCAGCAACAACCUGGGGCGCAGCGUCAGCAAGGCUUCAUAUGCCCGGGUAAAGAAGGCGCUGGCGCUGGGCAACCGCAUGCUAGAAGAGGCGCUGCUCAAGAGGAGGCGGCCGCGGAGCGGAGUGCAGCUGACCACAAUCGAGGCAGCAGCAGUCAACCAGCGGCUGGUCGGGCAAUGCUGGAGGGUGGUGGUGGCUUUGCCAGCAGCAGCAGCACAGUAACGGCCAAUGGAGCGGGCGCUGCAAUCAGCUCCAUGCCGACAGGUGCUGCUGCUGCAGCUCGCCCUGCAGCGAGCAUGCUGUCUCUGCUGCCCGGCGCACAGGCAGCACAGCACGACUCACCGCAUAGUUUCUUUGGUGGCAAUCUGGAGGCGAUGGAGCGCAACUUGAUGGUGGCGCGGCGGCAGCGCCACCCUGAACCUGCGGCAGCGAGCGGAGCUGGACCCGGCGCCACCGCGGGUGCUGCAGCGGCCCAGUUGCAGCUGCCUUUGCCUGUCAGCCUUGCCGCAUCGGGGGCGCAGCCUGCAUGCGGUAGUCCAAGAGUUGCAGCAGGCGAUGGCAAUGGCAUUCUUUCAGCGCAGCCAAUGCCAGUCGGCUCUGCGGCAGCAGCGCAUGAGACGCUGCAUUGUGCUUCUGGCGGCAGCAAGCCUGCAGCAAAGGAAGUGGUGCCCCAAGCAACGGUGCUGCCAUUACCGACCAGUGGAGCUGCAACCUCCCCUUCCCCAGCACCACAGUCAGCAGCAGAUUCAGCCCCGUCAGCAGCAAUAGUACUGCCGGCAGCGCUGCCACCUGCACCACUAGCAGCAGGGCCUGCAACAGCCAGUGCUACUCACGAUUUGGCUGCCGCAAUGGCAGUGCUGGCUGCUGUUCGGACACGCACCGGCCAGCCAGAGGCCUGUGCAGCAGCGCCUCUUGUACAGCCACCACCCCCGCGCUCCCCACUUCGCCCCCAGGCUCCACCACCACUGCCCAUUGUGCCGCGCGCACCUGCGUCAGAAGGUACACGUUCGCCAAAGACAUUUGCAGCCGCACUGCGUGCUAGCAGCAGGAGCAGCAGCAGCGCCAGCCUUGCCUCGCCAGCUACAGCAGGCAUCGCGGCUGCCCAUGCCAGCCUGGGAUCCUCGCCUUCGCGGUCCAAUCCAGCCAGCGGGAGCGGCACGCCCUCAGGCGCAGCAAUUGCCAGCAGCGGCUUAGUCAGCAGACGGCCGGCCUGGGGCAGAGGGAGCAGUAGCAACCUGGCGGCAAUGGGCAGCGCAGCGCCGGCGCCAGCAGCAGUGCCUGUGCCAGCCAACCAGCCACAGCCGCGCAGCUGGAGCGCAGUUGCAGCAGCAGGCACUGCGUCCAGCCGGCGGACGAGCUCUUCCAGCCUUCCACAAGGCAGCAAGGGUGGCUGAGGCUUUCACUUGCAUACACAAUGCUAAAUGUUACAUCCAGAACUC